AUGCAGGAGCAGGUGGACGGCGUUACCGUGGCUGUGAUGCGCCCUGUGGACCCCUCGGAGUUGGCGGAGCUCAUGGCGCGGGUUCCCAAGGAGUGGCAGCCGGUGUUGCAAGAGUCGGCAGGGUGGAAGACUGCGCACUGGAACGACGGCGGGGGCCUGGAGGUCACACAGGCGAAGCCCAUACACGAAACGAAGAGCCGCCCGUGCAAGGCCGCGUGCGUUCUGGGGGUAGGGGCGGCCGUCCAGAACCAGCUCCGACAACUCUAUGCAGGACGCAGUUUUGAUUGCGAAGGCCAGGCCGCCACCGCUCGAGACAUCGGCACACUCCGCCAGUGCAUCUGCGACGUAGCCAGCGUCGCCUGUGAGGUGACGGCCAAGAGCAAAAAGACAAUGCACGAGGUCACAUUCACCGACUUGGAAGCUCCCCUGGCGAGGGUGGCCGACAUCUUCAGCGACUACCCUAAAGAAGUCUACGACGUCAAAAACUGCGGUUACGAAUGCUGGAUGUUAGCGCCAGACACGAAACGGACCGUGCGCGCAAACAGAGUCGCCGCCCGCCGAGCCAUCCAAAACAGUCCCUCAACCAGUAAGCGUACUGAACAGAAGAGUGCCAAUGACCUUACCCGUGACGAUGUACUGAACAGAAGAGUGCCAAUGACCUUACCCGUGACGAUGUACCGAACAGAAGAGUGCCAAUGA